AUGGACUUCAGUCAAAGUUCGACGGACGAAGUGUCUGACGAGAAGGCGGAGCUCGUGAGCAAAAGCGACAGUGAAACCUCCAGCCAAGAUCGACUGCCUCUGAUCGACAUUGAAGAGAGAUGGACCAUUGUGGCUGUGGAUGCGGUCUGCGUUCUUGCGGCUUGCAUUCCGAUUCUGAGUAUCUUCGCAGUCAUCUACUUGUUCUGGCAGUUUUCUGGGCUUCGGCCGUCCAGGCGGCGGCUUCUGCUGGGCUCCCCAGUGGGCAAAGAGGCACUGCUGUGGUUCAUGGUGAUGGAGUUCACCCUCUGGCCGGUCUGCUUCAUGAAGUCCCUUUGGGAGAUCUCCACCUACUUGAAGAUCUAUGCCCGUUUCCACCUGCGUGGCGACCAUCAGCAGGUUGUUGAAACUGCCGAGGCUGUUGGGGCCGAUUUGCUGUUCACAACCUGCUACGUCUGCGUGCCCUUGCUCUACAGAGUCUUGAGAUACCACAUGCGGCGAGUGGGCUCCAGUGUAGCAGAAUACAAGCUCGAAGCAGAGGGUGGUUGGCAACACGACGGCAACGCGGGCGUGCGUGCGCAGGAGAUCCUGGAUGGAAUGCAGAACAAGUUUGAGGAGCUCUUCAUCGAGGACAGCCGUGACAAAGAUGCUGGAGGCUACAAAGGCUGGAGGCGCUUCUGCAGCAAAGUGACAGUGGGCUUGAAGCUCCUGGUGUUGUUCUCGACGCUCAUCGUCUUCUUCGGCCUGGCCUAUCUGCAGUAUAGCCUUGGACACGACAUGUACUACGACUUGAAGCAGGGCCCCGAUCUCUGGGAAUCCACGGGCAUCUUCAUGUCACGAGUCAUGGGGAAACACCAUGUAGAUCUUAACCAGACCGUUGCCCAAUACGAGUCUGUACUUACCGACGAUGAGCGCGAUCGCGUCUAUGACUUCCGGUGGUACAGCUUGUUCCUCUUGCCGGGGGUCGUGUGCGUGGUGCAGGCCACAUUCUACUGGUUCCUGCUGGCCGCCGCCUUUGUCGUGGCCACGACACGGGUGAAGGCCAACACGGAUCGCCUUCUGGUCUUCACUGCCCUCACCAAGGAAUCUAAAGUCGAGAUGUGGACGAAGAAGAACCGCGACGAGUUGAUGAAGAUCGUCUCCAAGCAUUAUGAGACGCAGCUGCCCAGCGAUGCCAGUGAAGCCUUCAAGAUCUUCACGGCCGUGUGGGACGUGCGCCCCCUGGACCUCCAGGACGCAGACGAUGUACGAGCCUGGUGGCUGCUGCGCAAGUACAUGCACAUCGACUUCAACGACGAGUCGGCUUGCAUGGACUUCUGCGGCAUCGCAGUGGUAGUGCUCCUUUUCUGCUUCGCCGUGGCUGGGUUCCUUGUGUGGGUCGACAACCAGAUCAACGGGAAGACGUUUGGGCUCUUCCUCCUCAUCUUCCUGCUGAGCAACUUCCUCAUUUUCAUUAUGAACUGGGCCUUUACCGCCUGCAUCGACCAGAAUCUGCUCUUGGAGCGUGACGGGCGGGUGUUGGUCGACGCCACACUCAGCACGCUCAUGCGCCCUGAUUCGAACCCAGAGGAAGCGAAGCAACGUCAACAGGUGGCGCUCCUACACCAAGCCAUUCAGCGCAAGAUUGAGUCCUACGACGACAAGCAGCGGCUGUUUGGCGUUGAGGUCACGGCCAACUUGCGCAACUCCCUGCUGCUCUAUGGGGUCACGACGGCUAGUGCGUCCGUGUGGAAGCUCAUUGCCAACGUGCGAGAAGAUCUGUGA